AUGCACGUAGUCAACUACAGCUCCAAGUUUGCAGACGUCAAAUCUGCAAUGUGUCAACCAAAUGGCUUGGCUGUUCUUGCCUUCUUCUUUGAGAUUGACAUAAACCCUAAUCCUGCAUACACGGAAAUUGUCAAAAAAUUGCCUGAAAUUACCGAACCAGGUUCCAGAACAAAAAUCACUACUAUUCCCCUAAAGAGACUUCUGCCCACAGACCUACAGCAUUUCUACCGGUACGAGGGCAGUCUGACGACACCUCCUUGCAACGAGACGGUCACCUGGACAGUGUUUAAGACGCCGGUUCAAAUCUCCGAGGACCAGAUUUCCAUUUUCCGCUCUUUGAAAUCAUCUGACAUCGACCCAGAGACAAAUACAAAUUAUCCUUUGGUCAACAACGUGAGACCGCUGCAAAGUCUCAACGAUCGAGUGGUCUACGCCAACUUCACAACCAUUCAACCAGUCAAGAAGAAAAGUUUGCUUCAGCGGUGUCGCUGCUUCCAGCCUGCAGACUGA